GAUAUUGUGGUUUACACGCCAAAGAAACUUCACAACAAGUUCGACCCCAAUGAGUUCAAGUAUGAUGGCAAUUACGAUACGGAUAAGAUUAAAAGUUUCCUCAUCCACGAUACUGUUGGAAUGGCCGGUAUUCGUACAAUGGGCAACCUGUUCCAAUUCGAGCAGAAACCUCUUUGUAACGUUAUAGGGUCAAACUACUGGCGAAAUCGCGUGCUCAAAGUAGCGCAAGAUUACAAGAGGAAAGUCCAUUUCGCUGUAUCGAACAAGGAGGAGUUCACUACCGAAAUUGAUCAGAAUGGUCUCGCAGAACGUAAAGAUUCGGAUAAGCCCAUCGUCGCCGCUGUCACCAAUGACGGCAAAUUCCCUAUGGAUGACGAGUUCAGCGUAGAGAAUCUCAAGGCGUUCGUCGAAGACGUAUUGGCGGGUAAUCUGGAUCCCUACAUGAAGUCGGAGCCUAUUCCCGAGAACAAUGAAAGCGAACCACUUAAGGUUGCUGUUGGCAGGAACUUCAAAGAAUUGGUGAUGGAAGCCGAUAAGGAUGUUCUCGUAGAGUUCUAUGCACCAUGGUGUGGUCAUUGCAAAGCUCUCGCACCCAAAUACGAAGAACUUGCUAAAACGCUAGAGAAAGAAGACGUUCUGAUCGUGAAGAUGGACGCCACAGCAAACGAUGUGCCUCCUCUCUUCGAAGUGCGAGGAUUCCCAACUCUCUACUGGUUGCCAAAGAAAACCAAGGAGCCAGUGCCUUACAACGGUGGUCGUGAAGUGAAUGACUUCAUUAACUUCAUCGCCAAGCAUUCCACUGAUGGUCUCAAGGGCUACACGCGUGAUGGAAAGAAGAAGAAGUCUGAGUUGUAG